AUGUCUGAGCUUAAAUUUAUCAAAUUAAUAGGAGAAGGAGAUAAGGAAUAUAAAGUAAGUUAUGAAGCGGCCAUGGUUUCACCAGUGUUAAAAACCAUGCUUCAAAGUCCGUUUAAGGAGAAUGCUGGUAAAGUUGAUUUGACCAAAUAUUCAGGAGACACUUUGGAGAAAGUUUGUGAGUAUUUGGAAUAUAAAUUAAGGUAUCAAAAUGCUGAUGAGACUGAAGAUAUUCCUGAAUUUGAUAUUCCUACAGAACUAUCAGUCGAGUUAUUGAUGGUUGCAGAUUAUUUGAAUAUAUAA